AUGUCCUCCACUGCGCAAUACUCCAAUGGCUAUGACAGCACAAUCUCCAACCUGAGGCUGAAUGAAAACACGGCUGUUAUAUAUCAAGGAUUCACCGGGAAAGCCGCGACGGCAAAUGCCAAGGACACCAUUGCUUAUGGCACUCGCAUCGUAGGCGGAAUCUCACCGGGCAAAGGGGGCUCGACUCAUCUCGAUUUGCCUGUCUUUAAUACCGUCGAUGAGGCCAUGAAGGCGGUUCGUCCUCAUGUGAGUGCUGUCUUUGUACCUGCCAAAUUCGCGGCCAAGGCCAUUAUGGAGUCAAUAGAGGCCGAAGUUCCCCUAGUCGUGUCCGUGGCAGAGCAUAUUCCCGUACACGACAUGCUACGAGUACACGAGAUGCUUCGGACCCAGAGCAAGACGCGUCUUGUAGGGCCAAACUGCCCAGGCAUCAUAGCCCCAGAGCGGUGUCGUGUGGGGAUCAUGCCGUACAAACAGUAUCGAAGAGGCUGCAUAGGCAUCGUCUCAAAGUCGGGCACCCUGAGCUAUGAAGCUGUGGGGGCAACGACUGCAGUUGGGCUGGGACAGAGCACAGUGUUGGGUAUGGGGGGUGAUUUACUCCCAGGUACUACCUUGGCAGAUGGCCUGCGACUCUUCUUCGAGGAUGAUGAGACCAAAGGCAUCAUUGUGAUUGGAGAAAUUGGCGGAGAAGCGGAACUCAGAGCAGCCGACCUGAUCCGGGAAUAUCGCCAAUCAACGCCUCGGCCCAAGCCAAUUGUAGCAAUGGUUGCCGGGAAGACAGCUCCACUGGGGAGGACCAUGGGCCAUGCGGGUGCGGUGCUGACCUCCAGGGAUGUGCCCGCGGAUAUCAAGGCUAAGGCACUUGAGGAUGCUGGGGCUGUGGUGGUUCCGCAUCCAGGGGUUAUGGGAGUCACUAUGAAGAAGCUGCUCGACGUAUAA